AUGGUUAUAGAGACACACAAAGAAAGGCACAUGGGCUUGGGAAAGAGAAAGGCUCAUCUGUGGUUACGUCACUUCCGGAAGCUCCGGCUCUUCAUUCUCUUUAGUGUUUGCCGUGUUCGUGUCUUUCUCCCUUCUCCUUCUCCCCUCCGGUCUACCCGGUGCCGACAUCUGCCCUUUACAUGGACUAAAGACACCAGACUGGCUGCUGCCAUCUUUUCCCUACACGUUAGAACCACCCCAGGGUCAGAACACACCGGGGCGGUGAUUGAGAGAGCAGUUUCUUCUAACAUGGCAAACCCCAAAGAGAAAACCCCAAUGUGUCUUGUGAAUGAGUUAGCCCGUUACAACAAAAUCCAGCCAGAGUAUAAGCUCCUAAGUGAACAAGGCCCGGCACAUUCAAAGGUCAUCCCCCUAGGACGGUGGCAGGAUUACAGCCUUCUUGAGAGAGUGGGAGAAGAUCACCCUAGACAAAUGUUCACAGUGCAACUGACUCUUGGGGACCAGUACUGGGAGGCUGAAGGAACAAGUAUUAAAAAAGCCCAACAUGCUGCUGCUGCCAAAGCCUUGGAAGGGACUAAGUACCCAAAACCUACGGCUCGCCCUGCUCGCGGUGAGGGAAAAAAUCCAGAUAGCAUAACACCAACAGUGGAACUGAAUGCCCUGUGCAUGAAACUGGGAAGGAAACCAAUAUACAAGCCACUUGACCCAUACACAGGCAUCCGUUCUUACAGUUAUAAUAUGCGAGGGGGCGCUUACCAGCCGCGGUACUUUUAUCCAUUCCCUGUUGCACCCAUUCUUUAUCAAGUUGAGUUAACUAUAGGAGGCCAGCACUUUCAUGGCAAAGGAAGGACCAGACAAGCUGCUAAACACGAUGCUGCCUCUAAAGCACUGAAAAGUUUACAGUUUGAACCACUUCCAGACAAACCAGAGAUUAAUGGGAAAGUUUCAGAUGAGGAGAAUCUUAAUAAAUCUGAAAUAAGCCAAGUGUUUGAGAUUGCACUCAAAAGAAACCUACCUGUGAUCUUUGAGGUAAAGACUUUUUCUCAAGACUUAUAUUGAUAAAGCUGUUUCAUUGCCAAAAA